AUGGGGUUAUCCUCUACAGCUUCGUCAGACAUGAGCGCCGCUCACUACCGCACGCACAAGAUCUUCCUCCUGUCAAACUACAUCCUCCUCGGUGCCGCCUCGAGCUGCAUCUUCCUCACUCUCUCACUCCGCCUGAUCCCCUCGGCCAUUGGCUUCCUUCUCAUACUCCUCCAAGCCCUCACCAUCGCUGGUGCCAUCUCCGGCUGUGCCGCUGCUAACUCAACCUCCAACAAGUGGUAUGGCACCCACAUGGUGGCCACAGUGCUCACCGCCAUCUUGCAAGGCGCUGUGGCUAUUCUCGUCUUUUCGAGAACAUCAGAAUUUCUUCUCGGCGGGCUCAGGUCUUAUGUGAGGGUGGAUGAUGGAGAGAUCAUAUUGAGAAUGGUGGGUGGCCUCGGAGUGGCGAUCUUCUGCUUGGAGUGGGUUGUUCUGGCUCUGGCUUUUGUGCUAAGGUAUUAUGCAUAUGUGGAUGGAGAUUGUGGAAGAAGGAAUGCCAAAGUGCAGAGUGAUGAGGAAAUGAAGAACUGGCCUUGGCCUUUUCAGGUUUGA